UCUGCAACAGUAACCCAGCCAUGGCUCGAGCUGGCCAGCGGCGCGGGCAGGCAGCAGCCGCGGAAGGCGCGCGGGCUGCGUCAGGGGAGCCGGGGACCUCACAAUUCUAAGAAAGAGAGGGGCGAGAGGGGGCCAGGGGCGAGGAGGCUGGGGACACAGCGCUCAGCCAACGGUGAGGAUCCUUUUUGAAAAUUAAUAUUAAAAAAAAGAGAGAGAACGCAGAGGAAAAGGUGGGGGCAAGAGGGAAGGCGAUUCAUACAGAGAGGUUAGACAGAGCCCCACAGUGAGAGGAAAAGGAAGGAAGCAAGGAAGGCAACAGUCGCCGGCAGCCGAUGUGAAGACCGGACUCCGUGCGCCCUUUGCCGCCUCUGUCCGGCCUCAUCGAUGUUGUGUCCGCCGCCCGCUCGCCCGGAUCACGAUGAAUGCGCAGCUGACCAUGGAGGCGAUCGGCGAGCUGCACGGGGUGAGCCAUGAACCAGUGCCCGCCCCUGCCGACCUGCUGGGUGGCAGUCCCCACGCGCGAAGCUCCGUGGCGCACCGCGGUAGCCACCUGCCCCCCGCGCACCCACGCUCCAUGGGCAUGGCGUCCCUGCUGGACGGCGGCGGCGGCGGCGGCGGCGAAUACCACCACCACCACCGGGCCCCUGAGCACAGCCUGGCCGGCCCCCUUCACCCCACGAUGACCAUGGCCUGCGAGACUCCCCCAGGUAUGAGCAUGCCCACCACCUACACCACCUUGACUCCCCUGCAGCCGCUGCCGCCCAUCUCCACCGUCUCGGACAAGUUUCCCCACCAUCACCACCACCACCACCACCAUCACCACCACCACCCGCACCACCACCAGCGCCUGGCGGGCAACGUGAGCGGUAGCUUCACGCUCAUGCGGGACGAGCGAGGGCUGGCCUCCAUGAAUAACCUCUAUACCCCCUACCACAAGGACGUGGCUGGCAUGGGCCAGAGCCUCUCGCCCCUCUCUGGUUCCGGUCUGGGCAGCAUCCACAACUCCCAGCAAGGGCUCCCCCACUAUGCUCACCCUGGCGCCGCCAUGCCCACCGACAAGAUGCUCACCCCCAACGGCUUCGAAGCCCACCACCCGGCCAUGCUCGGCCGUCACGGGGAGCAGCACCUCACGCCCACCUCAGCCGGCAUGGUUCCCAUCAACGGCCUCCCUCCGCACCACCCCCACGCCCACCUGAACGCCCAGGGCCACGGGCAGCUCCUGGGCACAGCCCGGGAGCCCAACCCUUCCGUGACCGGAGCGCAGGUCAGCAAUGGGAGUAAUUCAGGACAAAUGGAAGAGAUCAAUACCAAAGAGGUGGCACAGCGCAUCACCACCGAGCUCAAGCGCUACAGCAUCCCACAGGCCAUCUUCGCUCAGAGGGUGCUCUGCCGCUCCCAGGGGACCCUCUCGGACCUGCUGCGCAACCCCAAACCCUGGAGCAAACUCAAGUCUGGCCGGGAGACGUUCCGGAGGAUGUGGAAGUGGCUGCAGGAGCCGGAGUUCCAACGCAUGUCUGCGCUCCGCUUAGCAGCGUGCAAAAGAAAAGAGCAAGAGCACGGGAAGGAUAGAGGCAACACCCCCAAAAAGCCCAGGCUGGUCUUCACAGACGUCCAGCGUCGAACUCUACACGCAAUAUUCAAGGAAAACAAGCGUCCAUCCAAAGAAUUGCAGAUCACCAUUUCCCAGCAGCUGGGGUUGGAGCUGAGCACCGUCAGCAACUUCUUCAUGAACGCGCGGAGGAGGAGCCUGGACAAGUGGCAGGACGAGGGCAGCUCCAAUUCGGGCAGCUCAUCUUCAUCAAGCACUUGUACCAAAGCAUGAAGGAACAACCACAAACUAAAACCUCGGUGGAAAAGCUUUAAAUAAAAGAAAUUUUUAAAAGACAAGGACCUCAACAUAGCAGGUUUAUACUUAGAAAUAUUUGAAGAAGGAAAAAAAAAGUGUUAUUUAUACUCCAAAGAAACCAAAGACUUAGCUCACUGCAUUCUGACUUUGUUCGGAGACACACACUUCAGCGGGGCGACGACUUGGCAAGAAAAGUUAUGAGCAGGAAAACACCACUGGGUCUCACACCUUCGAUCCACGAUCCUUCUCGCUGUGCUUGGCUGUUUCGUGGUUUGGAGCAGUGAUUUUGAGCCAUUGAGUGGACAUCUUUUAAGAUCAGACUUUCUCACCUGUCCCACCGCGCCACAAAGGUGUAUGGUGUCUCAGUACUGCGUGUGGGUGCGUGUACUACACACACACACACACCACCACCACCACCACCACCACCACCACCACUACCAGUGGUCAGGGACAUAGGCAGGGCGGGCCUUCAGGAAGGGUUGUACUGUAGGAGAGCAACCAUCAGUGUGGGGUUGUCUGAGUUCAUUGGAUUAGGAUGUGAUGUUGCUCAUCUAGCCUAUUGUUUGAACCUGCCAGGCCCACAACCUAAAUGCAGAUUCAAACCCAGCAAGGAAAAUUUGAAUGACACCUAAACUCGUGCAUUCUCUUUGUUUGUUAAGGACUGUUCAGAUAUUUUUUAAGAAAUGAAAUAAGAGUCCAUCCAUUUAAAAAAAAAUCACCUAGGUACCAAAGAACACACAAUAUUAUAGUGCAGGUAUUUUAUUGCAAUGAUUUUAAUAACCAAAGCUAUUUUUACACAAGAUACUAUGUAAAGUUAUACAUAUGAACUGAUCUAGCUAUAAUACACAUGCCACGUAGAAUCAUGACUAUUAUUUAUGACUCUUAAAGCAUUUGAAAUAUUUGUUUUCAGAACUGGCAAGAAAGAAUGUCGCUCCAGGGAAGCAAUUGGUACCAUAAUAGUUUGAUGCAGGAUGCACGUACGCCCAGGUGGCACACUCCCUUUCAGGACCCAUAAAUGUCACUUAGGUAGACAUAUGACAUGAUUUCAGAAUCUGUUUAUAGCUGGGAAAACCUGGGGAUUCUGCCAAAGUAGGAUCCCAUUUAUAAACUAGAAAACUAAGUUCACACAGGGCAGGUAACUAAAUUAGAAAAUUUGUUUAAAGUAAUGCUUUUCGGUAAAAAGACCAUGGAAUUAAAGGACUCCAUACUUAGAUUAAUUUGACAAAUUUGCUUCAUACCUUUGACACCAAAUACCUUUUAAAAACAUUUUAUAAACACUCAAAGAGAGCUGACCAAUUUUAUUAUUAAAAUGAACUAUUUAAUAUUUGAAUAAUUCUAACAAUACAAUCAAACUUAUUUUAUUGCUAAUCUCAAACAUUUUAUGACUUGGACAUGAAUAAAAAUAGCAGGUCCAACCAAGAAACGGUGGGAUGUAGAAAAAGCCAGAGUCUUUAGCUGUUUACUUCCUUCAGCAUAGCCUCCGGAGCGCACCACAUUCUUUCCUGCUACUGCAUUAAGCUGGAAAUUUUAUAACAUAGAUUCCACUCUCUAACAGGGACAUAUAAAAACUGGACCUGAACCUCCAAAUAUAAACAUUUAAAUUCCUAUUUUCCCAAAUCACUUAACCAGGCCUAUAGAAAUCAAGGCAAAAAGGAAAAAACAAAAACAAAAAAACACACACAAAAAAAGCAAAAGAUAAUACAGUUGUACUAGUAGUACCCAAGUGAAUCAUUUGAUUCCCCCCCCUCCCCAAAUUCUCUCUGAAUUCGAUUGAAUUAUCAUUCAUAUAAGUGGAUGUCUUUUGUACUAUUGGGUAAAGAACUACAUAGUCUUGGUCAAUUAGCACAUCUAACUAGGAAUAUAAAAUUAAAUGUUAUCUCAACAAUAAGGUGUUUAUUGAGAGUCAUUAAAAUGCUUUAAAUAUUAAACCAUCUUGUCUAGGUCUAGAAGAGGCAGGCACCUGGAGAGAGGAGGCCACACCAGCCAGCCACCUGUCUCCUUCGUGUCUGCUGGAGGAGGAAGGGAAGCCGGCACAUACUCCCCCUUUCAUGAAAGGACGUAUUUGCCUUGACACAUGUUGUCCAUUUUCUUUCUCUCGCCCCAAAUUCCAGCUUAAAAAUUUCCCUUCUAAACAUGGCACAAUUACAAUACAGCUAUUAAAAGAUACCAUUUAAAUGGCCACCCUCCAAGAUUUGCUAAAAAUUUAAUCUUGUCAAUGACAUAAACUAAAAGGAAAAAAACUGAUUAUUAUUUUCUCUUUACAGGAAUAGAGGGGACAAUGGGUAUAGCUACAUAAUAUACUUAUAAUUUAGGAGGGAGGAAAAUCUUAUUUAUUUAAAACCUGAGAAGUUUAAAAUCAGGGAAAUUCAAGCUGUGGCUACACCCAAUCUUACCAAAGUCAAUGCCCCAGGAAAAACAAAAGUAGAAUUCAGGUGACCACUUUUUUUUCCUUUGAUUUUUACUACAUGACCCUGCCCUGUUAAUCUAACUGCAUUUUAAGUGUUCAACCAAUUCUUUUGGUACUGUGUAGACACAAUCUCAAAGAAUAUUACUGCAUUUUUAAUAUUCUCACCAUGCUUUUUUUGAAAAAUAACGAGUGAUUCUAUUUGCUAACACCAAAGAUAAUUUUCAUACCAGCAUUGAAUGUGCACCCAUUAUGCAAUUUCAGGGCCUAGAGAUAUAUUUUCUCACAAACAGAUGCACAAAUCCAAGCCUGAAAAGCAAUGUUUUACUUGACUGUUUAAGCAUCUUCACAACCUCUGCUUCUGAGGAAUCACAAUGGACAAACUCAGCUUCUCACAAGCAAUACACGUAUCCCAUCAAGUAUGACUGCUUCUGUUCUGCUCCUGACUUGCCACAGAGAGAGGAAAUGCUUCCGUUCCUGUCUCACUAAUUUACGGCUCAGGUUCUAAACCCAACAUAACCAAGGUCACAUGCUUUUGUUCACCCAUCAUUUCCCGGCCCUUGAACAAAAUUCACCUAAAAACACAUCUCUUUCAUUUGUAUGUAUAUUUAUUCCAAAACUGCACUUCAAAUAACACAUUUUGGGUUUUGUUUUGUGUGUUUUUUUUCACAGAAUGGAAAUUAGACCGGUUUUGGCCAUAAAUCAUUUAUGUCCUCUCAUGACCAAACGCUUCCCUGAAAGGGAGCCAAAAGAAAGAGUGGGAGGUCUGGACACCCCAAAAGCCCAGACAUCGGUAAAUGUUCAGGUAAAAGAAUUCUGGGUGCCAAGAACUGAGUGUUCCGGUCCCUGGAUGCAGCUGGAAUAGGCCCCAAAAACCAAAGAAAAUGUGUGGGGAAGUUCUAACUGAACAUGUCACUCACUCUGCCUCCUUCCCCCCAAAAAGCAUAAUUAAUUUUCCAGGAACAAAAGUGAAAGCACUACGCUAUGUUUGGACUUAUUCUCCACUCCCUCCCCAUCCCCCCCGCCCCCUCCCCACACACACAUUGCUACCCCAGGUGAAUGACCCAUCUUUGCAGGUUAAAUCCAAACUUUACUAUACCAAAGAGUCCUAGGACAUUUUCACAUGAGCUAUAAAGGCAUUUUCCCUCAAAAAGAUCCUCCCUUCUUUGUACAUAAAGGAUGAAAACUAUGCAUUUAGCAAACAAAGAGAAAGCACUUCUCCCUUUCCUAUCUCGCUGUUUAGGGUGCAUUCAAACACCAGAGGCCGUUUUGAGAUGCGACUGGCCUUCUGGAUUAUUCUUGUGGUGUGGUUAGCUUUUACAGUGCAUUUGGUAACUAUUUCCUAAAUAGGAAGGACAAAGAAGCAGAAGGUAAGAAAUAGCUACUUCCACGUGUAAAAAAAAGAAAAAAAAAGAAAGAAAAGAAAAAAAGAAAAAAAAAGUGUAAAGAUCUACUAUUUAUAGUGUGAACCAAAGACGCUACCUCACUCGAUUUCCAUUGGUGAUUUUAAUCACAUUGAUAUGAUACCAAAGAAUACCAAAGAUAUUUUCAUGCACGGCCUCCGUCUGCAGAGGGAACUCCACCCCGACCCUUCUCCCACCUCCUCGCCCCUCCUCACUCUUCACUCAGUGUGUAAACUUGUCUUCAUUCUUAAUAAUAAUGAUACCACAACAAUGACAACAUUAGGAAACACUACUCUUAUGACUGCUAGUUCUACUUGUAAAUCUCUAGGCAAACAUGUUGCAAACUUUGUAAACUCCUAGGACGAGUGCCUUGCUUGAACCAAAGUGUUAAACCGCUGUUGACCUCUCUCACCUUAUACUCUUUGAAUACCUCAGCCUCUUAGAAAGGCCACUAAUGGAAAGAAAAGGAAAAAAAAAAAAAAGGAAUAAUUAUUCACCGUGGUGCUUUUUCCGUGCAACCAUGCAAUGAAACUUUCUUUGAUACCAAAGGAUGACUUUUCCCCCCAAUUUCUUGCUGAGAAACCAAAGCUCCUCCUCCUCGUUCCCUCUUGAGGUCCCCCCCCGCCUCACCGAGUCCCUUCACCAGGCAGGCCGUGCAUCACUUUUACCAAUUCCUCCAAAUACCUCAUAGUAAUAACGUUUUAGGGUUACGUUGUAUAGAGAGUCUAUGUGAUAAGGCAGAACUUACUAGUUUGAUAAUUGUUAAGGUUACUUUGAAAAAAACAACAAACUUUAUAAUUCUUAUUUAUUUUGUAGUUUGUAUGUUUGGGAUGUCCGCCCCCUCCUUGCUUCGGUUUGGGGUUGAUUUUCUUGGCAGAACUGCUCUGUUGCUCAAGGAAGACUUAAUUUCUGGAUAUGUUCCCCGCGUGGGUUAAGGGUUGUGUAAAAACUGCAAGAAUGGAAUAAGAAAUGCUUUUCAUUUUGAUGGUUACUUAUAAAGUUUUGUGUUUCGUAGUAAAUUUGUUUCCACAGGGUAAAAAAAACACACAUAUAUAUAUAUAAAUAUAUAUAUAAUCUCUUUUUUGUGAAACUGGUUUCUAUUUUCUCUAUAAUGUGCUGUGAUUUUUUUUAAUUUAAGUACAUUUUAUAUGAGCUUAUUUAAUCACUGCUUUAAUUUAUGACUGUGUAGUUUUUAAAAUGUAUAUAGUAGAAUCCAAACGGCCAAAGCUUUUAUGUUACAAUCUUUUUGUUCUUGAUGCUAAGAUGAGCUGAAGGCGAGAGCUUCUCUUCACUGCAGGGUGUAGCUUUAGCUUUUCUUAGCAGGCACCUCAGUGUGUGUUGUGAACACUGCCAGGCCCCCCCUCAGAAAACGUGUACAUGCCAAAGGGAGAGUUUCAAGGUCGUCCUUUUUGUCACUUAGAAAGAAGAAAGGCAUUAUUCGUGUUCUUCCUUUAACUUAUUAAAUUUUUUUAAAAGAAAAGAUUACCUUGCAGGUUAGACCUGAAAUUCCAAAGAAUUUAAGACUUGUUUAAUGUUCCAAAGCACUGGCAUUUGUGAGAUACUUUGCUUUUUGCUUUUUUUUUUUUUUUUUUGCCAUUCGCACGGGUCUGAGAAGUAGAGUGUAAAAACUCAAAGAGACAAGCUAACUUGAAUUUGGAAAUCCUCUUCAGUUUCACCAAGUUUCUGAAUUGCUUCAAGGCAGGGGCAGGGCAUGAACACAGUUCCUUUGGCAGAGCUGAGAGGAGUACAAUGGCUUCACACCCUUACAGAGAAAGUCCAGGCUGAGGGCAGCAGACCUGGCUCCUGCCCAUCUGCCCUGACUCAUGAAAGAAGCAAAACAUGAUUGCUCGGCCCCAAUUACUAGUCCAGUUUAAGGAAAAUAUUUCACAGUUACAUAUUCCAACCCCACGUCUGUUUCUUGGAAUCUGCUAGUCACAAUUCCUAACCAAUUCUCCUCAAAUGUCAGAGAACCCUGGCGAAUGUACCCCAGGCCUACUUGAGUUUGUCUCUUUUCACUCUUCAUCUUGCCACUAGUUUUCAUUUCCACACACUAGAGGUGGCCCCGGCCUCGGGCCCCCUUCACCUGGGCUGUUCAGAUACUUGGCCCCAAUUUAAUGUAGAUCAGCACAUGCAGACUUCUCAGCCGAUUCGCAGCAUCCUCAGCAGACCCAGUGCCAUUUUGCUGAAGUAAGAGUUGCUUCAGCUACAUGGCACACAUCCAUAGAUGUAAAUACUUUUCCUCUCAAUACAAGAAAUUUACAUUCUUUUCUUUUGCAGGGGUGUUUGGGGUGGGGAAGGAAAGGGAGGGCUUAGAUUUUGGGUCAAAUGUUACACUUUCUUAGAAGCAUUUUUGUACUCGUUAUGUAUUUUAAUAGGGCAAUACGUCUGCUCUGAGUCGCAGGAUCAUUCAGUGCUCUGUUGGUCAGCAUUGACUAAUCAUGUGUGUUUCAUGCAAAUGCUGUGCAGUGAGUUACAGAAAGCCAGGAGAGUGGUGGCGGGAGAAGACUUGGACCCUCAGCGGUGAAACGCUGAACAGAGUGGUAUGCACAAGGUCAUGUUUCCUGUUUCUGUGUUAGUCUCGAUUUUUUGGUGGAUGUUCUGCAUUUAUUACAUAAUCAUUGUGGGCUCAUUUUAGAUAUGCCUUUGGAACCACGUGAUGAGUAUUUUUUAACAAAAUAAACUUUAAAACAUUGUCUUCCACUUGCUUCGGUGAUCGUCUUCAUAUCUCCCUGUGUUUUCUCAUCCCUUCUGAAGUCAGCCCACCUGUCACUCCCUGAGAUCGUCCCUUAACCCUCUUCUCUUUUCAGUACACCUUUGACUUUAGCUAUUGUUUGAGUGUGACUCAUUUUCCCUGUUCAAGUUAGCUUGAUGGUUUAUUAUGUAAGGAGGGUGCCUAAGACAAUCAUCAGGUAAAAAAAUAAAAUAAAAUAAAAUAAAAUAAAAUAAAAAUAAAUGAAAAAAAAAAGGUCAAUAGAGUAGAAAAUCUUCCAAGAGCAGAGGGAGUUCUUCCUUAGCAACAGGGAGGGAGGGAGGGAGAAAAAGUAAAUAAAUAAUUAAAUUAAUUUAACAACCUAACCACGAGGGGCUUAGAUUUUUUAUAAAAAAACAAAUGUUGCUGUCAUUUUCUUUGUCAAUUAGAAAGCAGUGGUAGUUUCUACGUUGCAUCUACAUUUCAGAUGAAAUGAUUAUUGUACCCAGUUAUGGUUGUUUGCUAAUAUUUUGUCUCUCUCUUUCUCUCUGUCCAAUGCUUCUUCUGUAUUUUUGUGUGUAGCAACAAAAAGUGUAAUGCAUUAGGCGUUAUUCUGGUUUGUUUAUGAGUAUUUCCUGUACUGCAUUAAGGUUCCUUUCUUUUUUUUUUUUUAAGCUUCGCUACUGUUCUCACUUUAUGCCGUGCAAUAUCAUCUGCUGUGUUUGCUAAGCAAAAAAAGAGAAAAAAAGCAAGUGAUGAUGCCAUCAUGCUUUUCAGUGUUAAAAUGUUUCAGCAUUUAUGUAGUCACCAAAAUGUAGUAAAUAAAAUGUUGGAUUUUCCAGCAC